UCCAAAUUCACAUUCUCGUUAGUUUCUUUCUCCAAACAAUAACCCUGAAAAUUUCACCUGUUUUACCAGCACAGUUUUUGAUGGAUGAUGAUGUAUUGCCUAUGAGAAAUUGGGGAACUUAUGAAGCUUCAUAUAAGGAACCCCAUGGUUUGCAAUUGAUGCUUCCUGUCCGUGACCAUAGUGACUCGAAACCGUUUCUUUCUCAACGAGAAAGUUUCUUAAUGGUUAACCUUAAUGGACCAGGUUAUCAACUUCCUCAUACCCAUAUGGUGCCCGUAUCGCCUUUACCUUUGAAUUUAAGAGAUAAUUGGAUGCCAAGAGAAAGAUUUGCUCAAAUGCAGCAGCAUAUGCGAUCUGGAAGUCCUAAUUUUUCCAGAAUUGCGAAUACGUCAGCGUCCCAGUCGAUCCAAAUGGUGCCGCCACUUGAUUUGUUGAAAGGUCAUGAGAUGAGUAUGAGUGUGGAAGACAGUGUAGUUACCAGAAAAGAUAGUGGGGGGAGUGGAAAUAGUGGCACAAGUGGUGGUGGGGGUGGGGGUGGCUCUAUGAAGAAAAGAGGAGCCAUGACUACCCCUAAAAUGCUGAAAACAAAAAACCCGAAAAAGAACCCUACGACCCCAAAACAGAACAACAACACAAUAGGCCACCGUGCAAGAACAAUGAGAAAGAGUAUUGAUGUUGUAAUAAAUGGGAUUGAUAUGGACAUUUCUGGCAUCCCGAUUCCUGUUUGUUCGUGUACUGGAGCUCCUCAACAAUGUUACAGAUGGGGAUUAGGUGGGUGGCAAUCAGCAUGUUGCACCACCACCAUAUCAAUGUAUCCACUUCCAUUAAGCACCAAACGUCGUGGUGCAAGAAUUGCAGGGCGUAAAAUGAGCAAAGGUGCAUUCAAGAAGGUUCUAGAGAAGCUAGCGUCUAAAGGUUAUAACUUUACUAAUGCAAUUGAUUUGAGAAGUCAUUGGGCGAAACAUGGUUCUAAUAAAUUUGUCACCAUCUUUGCCUAGUUUAACAGUAGAAUUAGUUUUCUUUACUUUGGUAGAUUUCCUGAUAACAUUCAUGUUCACAUUUUUUUGUUACCUUUUCAACAUUGGUCUCUUUUUGUUCAUAUAUUGGUUGCAGUUCCUAAA